UCAUCCAUCAUCACUUCGUGAACUGGUAUUUCAAGGUUGGGCCGCAGUUAAUUCUCUGAUCUUGUUUUGACAUCUCCGAAGCAUGUGAAAGGUUAUGUAUUCCUAACAUACACUAUGGUGUGAAAAAAAUCAGAAGUAAAAUGGAAGGAAGUGAAAGAUUUAGUGGAGAUACUGAAGAACCUUCGAAUGAAUAUUUACCAAGAAAUGAGGUUGUAAUGGAGCGAAAUGAAGAAGAUUUAAAUUCCUCUAUUAAAACUACAAAGGAAAAUACCAUACAAAAUACAGAGGAAAAUACAAAAGAAAUCACAGAGCAAAAUGCAAAGGAUAGUAAUACAGAAGAAAAUGAAACAGAAACAUUACAGAAGAUCUCUAUCACUGAUAAUUUCUUAAAAGAGGAGGAGGAUAUUCUUAAUAUUGAUGACCAAGUUAUUGACAGUUUAUCAGAAGGCUUACUUCAUAAAAUUCAACCAGAAAUUGAUUCUUUUAGCAACUCAUUCCAAGAGUUAACGAGAAAUCAACGGGUGUUGAUGGAGACAGUCCAACAAGAAAAUGUUAAAUUAUUGGAAAAUAGAGAUAUCAAUGAUUUGGCAGCCAUGGUAGCAGAUGCCAAAGUGUAUUAUCAAAAACUUGUCAACAUAAAGAAAGACAUGUUGCAACUCCAUGAAAAAACAACUAAAAUCAAGAAAAGAGCAUUAAAAUUACAAGGGCAAAAAAUGAAGCAAAAUCUUUUAAAAGAACAGCAAAGAGAUCAUGAACUUGAGCAAGAGCGUAAACUAAUCGCGCAGCCCGCUGCUCAUAAAUCUGACAUCCUCUGAUCAAGAUGAUUACAAAUAUAUCAGGGGUAGAGCCAGUGGUAGGGGCAGGCAUCAGGGAGAGAGGAAACUUCAUUUGUCAAAGAUCACAAAAUCAUAAAUGAGUUUUCAAUGAUUUACAGAUAUUUUACUACAAAAAAAGAAUCUUUCAGUUGCUGCCAGUACCUGUAUAUAUGCAUAGAUUUCAUACUGUAUUUGCGGUAACAACUAUUAAAAAAAAAAAUAUCAGAACAAAGGGAAGGAGACUAAUUAUACUAAGCAGUUAAUAAUUUUCCAAAAAGCUCAUAUAAAAAUAGAUGGCAGUUUGUAUAUCUUACACAUGUUUUUCAUGUCAUUUUACAUAUUUUUUGAUGUUGAAAAAUAGACUGAUUCAUUUAACUCAUAAAAAUAUUCUUUCACUUGCAAUCAUAAACCUUCAUUAUUUAUAUUGAAUUGAAAUAAUGUAAUUUUUUUUUCCUCAUGACACUUUGGAAUAUUUUCUAAAAUGCAGAAAAAUGAUACUACCUGUACUAUGUAAUAUGCAUUUUGUUUUUAUACAGUAUUGUUAUUCUUGAAUGUUAUGAGAAUAAAAAUUACUAUGUUUUAAUAUAUUUUUGCUUUGUAAAUUAUGGCACUAGUCUAAAAGAAGUUAUGAAUUUAGUAAUAAAUAUGUUUUAAUAUUAUCAACACUUUGUGUUUGUAGGGUAAAUUGCAUCAUUGAUCACUGCUGUGUUACAUGUGAGAUUCAGUUUAAUCAGGGUUAUUAAAGAAUCAUAGAUGUUUUUAUUAUGUCAUUUGGUAUAUCCAAAUUUAAGGGUGCAAUACAGAUAAAAAAUAUAACGUUAAUUCAGAACGAUAUAAAAGCCAUCUUUAAUUAUCCUACUUGUUUAUUUAAUUCAGUUUAAGUUCAAUAGUCAUUAUAUAAUAUGUCAGUAAUUUGCUUAUUAAAAGAUGUCUAUUUUAAUAAAAUUAAUACAAAUGGAAGAAUUUUGUGAACAGUCUUAUAAGGCCAUAUUAUUUCUUUUUGUUAGCUAGUAAAUUGUGUAUCUUAAAUAAUCAGGGCGGAUCCAGGACUUUUCGUUAGGGGGAUGGCAGGCUACCAAAAUUUAUAUCGCUUUUAAUAUCCAGUUAUUUUCUGUUCCAUGCUAAUAAAACAAAGAAAUAACCCUUAAUUUAAUUCAAUUGAGACAAUGUGUAUGUGACAGAUAUAAAAUCAGUAGAACUUUUG